AUGUUAUAUCUGACAAAGGAUCUAUUCCCGGUCUUUGUACCGCUGGGUGUGGUUGGGUUCUAUCGGUAUUUGUGGUUUAUCAUCAAACUGCUUGCCUACUUCUUUUAUCGUCCUAUGAUGCCAAAGAGUAAUCCUACCUAUCGGGCUGAAUACGAUGUCACCAUUGUUGUCCCUACUAUUGAUGCUGGAGAGGAGUUCAAGGAAGCUGCCCAUUCUUGGUUGGCUAAUAAUCCCAAGGAAAUCAUCAUCAUUACAGAGACGAAGAUGAAAGAUGCUCUUCAGGAACUCGCCAAUUCGGUCGAUCCCACUAAAAUUAGAGUGUUGACUGUACCCAAGGCCAACAAACGCCUACAGAUGGUGGAGGGGAUUAGGAAUACAACAAGUGAAAUCAUUGUAUUUGCAGAUGACGAUGCUAUUUGGACUCCUACCUGCUUAGAGUAUAUCCUUGCUUGUUUCGAGGAUCCUAAUAUGGGAGGCGUGGGCACCUCUCAGACCGUUAAAUCUGUAGGUCGUUACCAAACUGUCUGGGAGGUCCUCGCUGGUUUCCGUUUAACGAUCCGUAAUAUUGAAAUUGCAGCAUCUACCCAUAUCGACGGUGGAGUAUGUUGCUUAUCAGGUCGGACGGCUGCUUACCGCACUUGUAUCCUUCAGGAUCCCCAGUUCCAGUACGAAUUCACGCAUGAUUUUUGGCUGGGCAAGUAUCCACUCAACUCUGGAGAUGACAAAUUUUUGACCCGUUGGAUGGUCUUCCACGGAUGGAAUACCUAUGUUCAAAUCUGCAAGGAGGCGGAGCUACUCUCGACUUUCAAGAAUAACUGGCGAUUCAUUAAGCAGGUAUUACGAUGGACCCGAAACACUUGGCGCUCUGAUUUUCGUUCUCUAUUUAUGGAGCGCAGGAUCUGGAGCCGGCAUCCUUAUGUGGCCUUUACAAUGAUAGACAAGAUAUUUAAUCCUAUCACACUGCUCUCCGGACCUAUCUCUGUCAUUGUGUUAUCGGCUCAGGAUAAAUUUCACUUACCCAUUUGGGAUAUCAUCAUUUCUUAUGUUGUCUGGCUCAUGAUGACCCGUAUUAUCAAGUUGCUACCGCAUUUGUUCAAGCGUCCUCAAGACAUUAUUUGGGUGCCAGCGUUCUUGGUCUUCGGUUACUAUUUUGCAAUCAUGAAAAUUUAUGCUCUCUUUACACUGCACGAAGUCGGAUGGGGAACACGAGCUGCUUGUUUUUGUUCCUUAUAUCCCAGCGAAAAGAUCAAAAAUUGGAAUUCAUCGUCACCCGAUGAUAAGAAAUCCUUGUUGCCUGGUGCAACAUCCACUUAG